UUGUUAAAUAUUGGUUGACGCUGCAGCUAAACACGAAGUUGCAUUUUAGCGUGCAAGCUAACGAGUUAGCCACAUAGCUAAAGCCGCUUGGUUUGACGUUUGCAUUUUGUGUUUCAGCAAGUAUGGCCAGGCAAUGGUCUGAGGGCCACUCCGCUUCUAUCCUGUGUAUCGGUGCAUCUUCAGGCCCAGAAGGUCUCCUUGCUUCGGGCUCUGAGGGUGGAGAGGUGACAGUUUGGAGUCAAGAGGGCACCAUCAUAGGCCGUGUCACUCUGCCUGGAGAAGAAGACAUCACCAGUGUGGUGCUGUCACCUGUAGCUCCAAACCACCUGUAUGUAUCACAUGGAGAUGCAGUGAGUGUCCUGGACCCCAGGAAUCUAAAGAGUCCCGCAUUGGACUUUCAUGGUGCAGGGGAGGAGGAGAUCAAUGCUUUAGCACUAAAUGAGACAGGUUCUGCACUGGCAGUAGCUGAUGACUCUGGGGCAGUGAGGGUACUGGAACUUCCAGGGGGAAAAGUGUGCAGGACUCUGCGCAGACAUACAAACAUCUGCUCCUCUGUGGCUUUCCGACCUCACAGGCCAAAUAAUCUGGUGUCUGUUGGAUUGGACAUGCAGGUGAUGUUGUGGGGUUUGCAGAAGACCCGCCCUCUGUGGACCCUCAACCUCCAGGACAUGGCAGAAGACGAUGACCUUCAGCAGCACCGUGGUCAGCUUUUCAACCCACCGCUAGCUCACUGUGUUUCUGUGGCAAACUGUGGAAACAUUUUGGCCUGUGCAGCAGAGGAUGGCAGGGUGCAUCUGAUGCGAAUCGGUAGCGGUUCCAAACUGGAACAGCAGGGAUCUGUCAAGGCACACAGUCAGGGAGCUUCACAAGCCCAUUUUGUCAGUUUCCUUUCCCACCCUUACUGGCUCGUCACAGGAGGAAAUGACAGUCACGUUGCCCUGUGGGACCUCAGUAAACAUCCAGUGGUAGCUCCAGAGGGAAAAACACAAGUGAUGGCCCCACAGCGUCGGAAGGCUAAGAGCAAGGGAAAAAGGAAAGAGCAGUCCCAGGAUAAAUCAAAGACUCCUCAGAAGACUGAGGCAGGGAAAGAAGAGGCUGAGGGGGAAGAUGAAGCAGCAGCAGCAACAAUAGAGAAGAAGACUGGACCUAAACUGAGCAUCAGCCAUGGGGACAAGGUGAACUGGCUGUGCCCUGCUGUGCUGAAAGGAGACCCGAGUGUGAUAGUUGCAGAUCAGAGUUCCAGUCUAACGGUCUAUCCUCUGAGUCAGCCGUAGAUUCAUGCACUUUACUUCUUUUGUUGUUAAACAAAGCAAUACUCAUGACUUGCCUUCCCGAUUACAAGCUUUUUUUUUUUUUUUUUUUUAAUUCUUUAGAGAAUACACUCCACUGUUUGUUGCUCUUUGAACUAGUGGCAUCAUUAACAGAGUUUGACGCCUCCUCCCUUUAAUCAUUGACCGUGGACAUAAAAAAAUAUCCAAGUUUUCCAGAAAGCAGCAGCAGACGAACAUCUUGUGUGAGAAUUCACCAUAUUUUAGAAACUAGAUGAUAGUUUUGCAUGUGUGUGGCCCAUUAAAGAUGCAAUUAUGUAAAAUAUACUU